CUUUGCUGUAGGGCAGCGCUGCUGAUCCUUCAACCGUCUCGACGAUCGGAUUACGCCUCCCACGAUACUCCUCAGAAGAAGCUCAUAAUACGUCAACAGCUAUGGCAACCCUCUUCCGCGACUUCUCCUUCGAUGCGGCCUCGCCGUCGCUGGCCGACCAUGAGGCCGAGCGAGCCCUUAUGAACUGCUCACCUACCUCAAAGUCCACAACACCUGAACACCCAUACAGCAGGCCACUCACACCUCCGCCAUGCACAAUGAGCGACCUGGCUCAGCUUAUGGGCGGGCAGAACCUUUUCAUCAGCACAUCGCGUUCGCAAAACACCCCUGUCGGGCCACCAACACCGCCCAGCGAGGACGACACAUUCCCCACUGAACAGCUGGACCCCCACGCCCCUCGACCCACCUACUGCCGCGCUUCAGCGUCCAUCAUGCGCAUGCAGCGACAGGCCAACUCGCGGCUUCAGUGCUGCUCGUCACAAGCCCGCGACAUCUCAAAGCUGGUCCGCAUGAUCCAGGAAGAGGAACAGUGCAAUGUCAACGAACCAGCGGUCCGAUCAGCCUCAACAGUGGCUACCGUUGAAUCAGUAGACGAUGAGGGCGUCGACAUGGACUAUGACUGCUCGUUGCGCGUAACAGUGCCUCUGUUCUCGCGUCCACUUUAUCGGGCAGGAGACCGUCACAACGACAAUGUGCGCGUUAGCAAGAACGUCCGCAUGCGAAAGCGGUCGAGCACAGCGAAGGAGACUAGAGAGAGGAGGAAGACAAAAUAGGCCUUGUCUGCACAUUUUUGAUUUUGAAGCAUUGCGACGGCGUUGGAGGUAUUGUCUGCGGCGCUGGUGACCGUUUGAGCUCUGUCAAGAGCGCCAUUCGAGCUUGAAUAGAUCUGGAGCCUCUUGGGUCGAGUGCACAGAAAAGCACGCAAGGAUUUUGAAUGGUUGAUAUCUAUGCUCCCUACGGGUUGAGCCUGGCGUUACACUAUUACUAUAUGCAGCUACUGAGCUGCCACAACCACAUAUUGCAUAUUCACCAAAUCAAGCAUUUCGCAC